AUGGCAUCGCUCAUGUGCCCACGCUGCCUCCGGCGCUCGUUCCAAGACCUCGAAAUCACCGCGACGACGGUCCACCCCCAGCGGGCCGCCUUCUCGACAUCGGCCCCACUCUCUGUCAACCCGCCCAAGAAGAAAGCCGUGGUCGCGAAGCCCUCGUCUCGCCAAGGCCGCUCCCUCCGCCUGACCAAGAAUACCCGUGCCUCGAAUACUCGACCACCCGCUGUAGGAGAGCGUAAGGCUUUGCGGAAAAGAGUUGUCCUCAGCAACACCAACGCCCUCGAAGUCCCCGGACUGCAGGACCUCUCGAAGCAGAACUUGUCCAGUCGCACACUGCAGGCAUUGGAGGGAACAGUCGUUGGUUUCAACAAUACGACGGUCGAUAAGCUGAGAGCUUUGGAAGCUUUUAAACCAACCCAGGGAUGGAAUCUCUUUCGCCGGCCCGCCAGCUUGGUGAGGAAAGACACCACACACAUCCUAGGCGACAUUGAAUGGGUGAAAGCUGGCCAAGAAAGCAGAACCGUCCGCAAAGUGCUGUACGGCGAGCGAGGGAGCGGCAAGAGCGUUUUGCUUCUUCAGGCACUGGCAAUGGCGUCCCUGAAAGGCUGGGUUGUCGUCCAUAUCCCCGAAGCUAUGGAUCUGACCAUUGCGCAUACUUCCUACCAACCUGUCUCGACUCCGGAUGGCAAGACCCGCUACGUCCAACCACAUUUCACGGCCAAAAUCCUUGAGAAUGUGCUCAAUGCCAAUCGUCCCUUGCUCGAGAAGCUUCGACUCAGUGGAAAGCACAAGAUCCCCGUUCAGAUUCAACCAGACGCAACACUUGCGCGGUUGGCAGAAAUCGGAGCCAAGGAUCCUGACCGUGCAUGGCCAGUGUGGCAGGCAUUGUGGAAAGAACUCACCACGCCCUCACAGCAAGGCGAAGGCCUCUCGCGACCACCCAUCAUGUUCACGCUGGACGCCAUCGAUCACAUCAUGCGCAUCUCUGCCUACUUGAAUGCUGAAGCUGAACCCAUCCACGCUCACGACUUACUCCUGCCAGGUCACUUCAUCGAGCUGCUGUCUGGCCGCGAACCUUUGAGCAAUGGAGGUAUCAUCCUCGGCGCAGUCUCCGAGUCCAAUCGUGCUGCAUCCCACACUCUCGAUCACGCUGUAUCACGAAAUGCCGCAAUCCAAAACGAGCAAGAGCCGCCGGCUUGGGAUCCUUAUGUGAAGUACGAUAAGAACGUGCAGGAGGCGAUGCAGGGUGUGGGUGUGCAGCGGCUUCAAGGACUCAGCAAAGAGGAGGCGCGAGGCAUCAUGGAGUACUAUGCUCAUUCUGGGAUGCUGAGAAACGCCGUGACUGAUGGUCUGGUCAGCGAAAGAUGGACCUUGGCCGGUGGCGGAAUCAUUGGUCAGAUUGAGAAGGGAACCGUCAAAGCUCGCUUCUGA